GUAAGUUAUGUUAUAUUACCCUAUAUCAUGUGUAAGUUAUGUUAUAUUACCCUAUAUCAUGUGUAAGUUAUGUUAUAUUACCCUAUAUCAUGUGUAAGUUAUGUUAUAUUACCCUAUAUCAUGUGUAAGUUAUGUUAUAUUACCCUAUAUCAUGUGUAAGUUAUGUUAUAUUACCCUAUAUCAUGUGUAAGUUAUGUUAUAUUACCCUAUAUCAUGUGUAAGUUAUGUUAUAUUACCCUAUAUCAUGUGUAAGUUAUGUUAUAUUACCCUACAUCAUGUGUAAGUUAUGUUAUAUUACCCUAUAUCAUGUGUAAGUUAUGUUAUAUUACCCUAUAUCAUGUGUAAGUUAUGUUAUAUUACCCUAUAUCAUGUGUAAGUUAUGUUAUAUUAUUCUAUACCCAAAGAAAGCAGUGGUCUAAGGACUUGUAAUUAACAUAUCCAGAAUGUUUAGAUAAGGAAUUCUAUUGGAAUGCAUUUAUAGUUUUAAGUAAAUAACCAAAAUAUUAUAUUCCCUAAAAUAAUAUUAAAUACCAGUACAAAUAUAGUUGUAGUUCAUUUAUGUAAAAAAUGUGACAUGGCCAGCUUCUCCCACUGCUAGGUCUUGUUCCCAUAUUGGAUGGCAUGUUACUCACGUGUGAAUUUUUUAAGUCAUCCCAUGAAGACUUCCCUUGUUUAGCACUGGCUUUACCAAAACACAUACUAAAUAUUGUAUUGUAUAACAUUUAAAUUAUCUUUUCUGUGGGGAGCCCCUCUGCCUCCCUGGGGCUAUCAGACUGGUAUACGCUAUAUUAGUCUGGAUCUUCAGUCAAUGGCGUUCUGCCUACCAGGGACCACGAGUCAGAACCUGGCUUCCUCAAAGAGGCACAGGGAGCGAUGGCCUAUGGAAACCCCCAAUGUGUUUGGGAGCAUCCCAUGUCUGCCCUUGACUGAGGCUAGGCACCCAGAAAGCAAACAAUAGAGAUUAUGGGAAAAGCACAAGCCACCAAGGUUCCGUCACAAGCUGUGUGCAGUUGCACUGGGAUGGCGAUGCACUUCAAAGUGUACCUGGAGAAAACAUCAGGGAGAAUGGGAGGACCUUUACAAGCCACCAGCUUCCUGUUCUUGCCGUGGCCAGUAGAGACAGUGGCCUUCAGGUAAUUAAAGGGAUGACACAGCAUAGGAUAAGGAAGUGGUGAUGGCCCCUGCAGCUAGAGGUUCUGGAGAAGAGCUCUUCGAUCCUCCAUGGGGGCUUGGUGUGCUAUUCCCAAAAGCACUUGCAUUUAUGUUCUUCUGUGUGAAAUACCCUAAAAGCUGAAGUGAUCACUUGAAGGAGUUAUUGCAGUGUAACCACAAUACAGUACAGAAAUUUGAAAGGUUAAGAUGUGACAUUUGAAUCAUAACUUACUUAAGAGCUCUUCAGAAAUAAAUGUAAUGUACCAAAACCAAAAUUGGUAUUAUUAUAUGAAUUUCUGUGUACAUAUUACGUUGACACUUCGCAAAUUUAAAUUUAACAGAUAUUUGUGUGCCACAUACUCAUUUAUGAACUCAAUAAAGAUGAAGUAAAAACUUGCAUUUUUGUGCUUAAAUAUAUGACAAUUGUAUAACUUGAAUAUGAAUAAUGUACAGGAGAAAUAUGUUGUCAAACAGUACAUCAAUAUGCAUGUUAUUUUACACAAUGGUAAUGAAUAUUUUCAGUGUGGAGAUUGUGGGGAAUUAUUUGCAGAAAAGGAAAAUUUGCAGUCUCACAUGCUACUGCAUAAUAGUGAGAAGAAGAAUUUGUGCAAUUUGUGUGGAAAACAGUUCACUCGUAAAAGUGAUUUGAGUCGACAUCAUUUGAUACACAGUGGUGAAAAAAAAUGUAAAUGUAAUGAAUGCGGAAAACUUUUUACACGUACCAGUGAUUUAAACAGGCACCUACUGAUGCACACAGGUGAGAAAAAGCAUUUGUGCAACGAAUGUGGCAAGCGAUUCACACGGAAAAGUGACCUAAACCGACAUAUUCUGGUACAUAAUGGUGAUAAAAGGUGUGAAUGUGAAGAGUGUGGAAAGAUUUUCAGUCAAGAGGAAAGCUUGAAGAUACACAUGCUUGUUCACACUGAAGCAAAGACAUUCCAGUGUGAGGAAUGUGGUGAAUUAUUCCGAGAUAGCAGCAGCCUGAAAGUUCAUAAAUUUUUGCAUACUGGGGAAAAGCCCCAUAAGUGCACCGAUUGUGAGAAACAAUUCACACGUAAAAGUGACCUGAACAGGCAUGCUUUAAUUCACAGUGGAGAGAAAAAACACAAGUGCAAUGAGUGUGAUAAGCAAUUUAUUUUCAAAAAUGAACUGAAUAGCCAUAUGCUUGUUCAUUGUGCAGAAAGAGAUUACAAGUGUGAGGAGUGCAGUAAACGUUUUGUCUGCAACUCCAAGCUAAAAAGGCAUAUGCUUGUGCAUACGGGAGAAAGAAACUACCAAUGUGAAGUGUGUGAGAAGCGAUUUAACUGCAAUUCAAAACUCAAGCGACAUAUGCUGAUACACAGCGGAGAAAAAAACUACAAAUGUGAUCAGUGUGGCAAACGUUUCAGCUGCAAUUCGAAACUUAAGAGACAUAUAUUUGUGCACAAAGGUGAAAAGGCAUACAAGCCUAGAGGAAAAAAGUAUUGUGAUAACUUUUCUCCUAGUUGUUCAUUCAUAAUGCCUCAAGUAGUCAAUGAAGUAUUUGUGAUGCCGGAAACAGUUAAUACUAACAUUUUUGUAAAGGAAGAAAAAUUAGAAGAAUGCGUGUUUGUGAACAAAAUGGGGUUCCGUUAAUGGUCAUCUGAUUAGAGCACUGUACAUAUUUUAAGUUAAGAAAAUGUCAUAACUGGCUGGAACAAAAUAUGAGUAUACAGGACAGAUUUGCCCUGUUUCAAGAUCUUGUAAGUUAUUUUACAAAUAUAGCCACUGCUUUCUGACAGCCUAUACAGUAAUUCUAAGGAAUUCACUUUUUUCAUGUCUUCUUAACAGCACUUGCCCUAAAUUUAUUUACCAAACAGUAGUGUACAGAACCUACAUUAAAAUGUUGAUAUGCCGAUAAAAUUCUUGCAGUCUGAAGAUUGGAGCCAUACUAAAAUGCCUAUCCCUAGGUUGUGGAUAAAUGAAACUUUCAUUUGAAACUAAUAGUAGUUCUUAUGAAUUAUGAAAUUUAUGUUCUUUACUGUUCAUAAAUAUGACUACUGUAUAUUAAAUAUACUUGAGAAUGUGUCAUUCACAUUUAGUGUGAAUUAUUUUACGAAUGAGUGAGAAGCUCCAGAGUUUCUCAGGAACACUUGUAAGGUACAAGAGUAAAUUACUUGGUUGUGGAAUGCUUAACUAAAUAUGAAAUCUUUGCUAAGAAAAAGUAUUAAGAUUAAUCAUUUUGUGAUUCCUAGUUUUCAGUUCUUUUAUAUAUGUAUAUAUAUUUAUAUAUAUAAUCACUGAUUGCUGCAUUAUUAUCAGCUGGCUGAUAUUAACCUUAUUCUGACUGGAAACAUACAAUAAUUGCAUUUUAUCCUAUAGAAAUUUUGUUUAUAUUGGAUGGCCACAUUUAAGGAUUCAAUAUAAUUCAGGUUUCCUUUGAAAUAUUAGAAUGAUUCAAGGGAGGAAUUUAACUCUUGGUUAAGCUUAUACAAGUUUGCUUACUCGGAAGAAAUUAAUGGAAAGAAUAAAUUGCCGCAGUAUGCAUGUGUGUCAUACAGUACGUACCGGCAUAUAGGAAAACUCAAGAUAAUGAGAUAAUUUAAGAAUAUUGAAUAUUUAUACUCACUUAAAUAGCAGUGACAAAGAGUGCUAUGUGGACGUGGGAGUGACUGGCCCAUCAGCAGGUGUUGUAGUGGCAAUGUGGCCAGCAAAUUAAACCACUGUCAUAUCUGUUCUACCAUUAGAGACGUGCAAUUGCUUAACUAUUUAUUGUGCCAUUUUCAAAUCAAGGUGUAUUCCAUGCCAGCUUUCAAAGUGGAGCUUGAAUACUCAUCUGUUUAAAUUUAAGCAGACUGUACAUGGUGGUUUUAAGUUACAAAUAACUUUAUCUUCAACAUGAAGAUGUUUAAAUAAGUGUUGAGUGCAGUUCACCACACAUGUUACCAUCAAAUGUACGUGCAAUAUGCUGAUUUUUUACACACUAAAUUAAAUAAUGAUUAAAUAAUAAAUUCAUUCUUCUGUUUGGUUUCAUAAUUGUACUAGACUAAAGGAUAUGGAUAAUUUAUAUUUUAAUGCAUACCAACUUUAGAGACCUAUAUAUAACAAAUGUAUGUAUGUAUGAUAUAAAUAUCAAAGUUUUAGUAUUGACCAGCUGUCUGUUGUUCAAAAUGAGAAACUGAUUAUGAGAAGAACAGCAUUAGAUAGUCUGUGUUACUCCCUACAAUCCCUUUAUAAAAUAUUUAUUGUAACUGGAAUUACAUGGUACAACUAAGCAAUUAAGUAAAAAACACACUGUACUGAAUGCUCUUAAGUAUUUACCAAGGACUGGUAUACUGUACUGUACCUGUAAUUGUGUUUUCAUCCCAUUCUCGAAACGUUAUUUGUAUCUUAAGUAGUGUAAUAGAACUGCUCUGUUACUAGAUUUUCUUGUAUUAGAUGCCAGUACUCUAGUUACCCUAGUUAAUUAUUGCUGCCAUUUAUUUCACCUAGAUAUUUAAUAAACAUCAUACAAAUGUUA